UGCGAUGGCUUUGGCAUGUUCUCUUGUGGCACCAUGUUUAGGUCGGUACACAACAUAAAGAAAAGGUUUUGUCUUGGCCGCAUGGAUGCGGGAGGGGUCAGUGAGUAUUGUCGCUGCGUUUCAACAGCUUGAAUCACCGCGAUUCGAGCGCUGCGGAGAGACGAAGGACCGUAGUGAGAGGUGACAGUCGGGACUGCAGUAGCUUAUUGAAAUUUUAUUAUCUUGUUAUAAUACUGCCGGACAACAUCAAGGGAUUAUGGAACAACACCUUAAAAGGUCAAUGCGCUUUUCCCGCAAUUUUCACUCAUACUUCGUAAAUGUUUUAAUUUUUAUAACCACUUGACACGACAAUGACUGGUGAUAUAACAGAAGAAACUAUGUAAAUGUGUUGAUCAAUGGAUUCACUCGUAUAUAGUAUGGAGGAACUGGGUCGUCAACAUGAGUUUUGAUACUUCCAAUGACACCAACUUCUGGAGUAAUGGUUCCUCAAAGCUGUACUCGGAGAUACGGGUGCCGUUGUCUCCAAACAAUUCAAAUGUGACCACAGCGAAUGACACAGAGAGGAGUGCGCUGGAUCUUACCCGGGCCGUACCAGUCGGUGUGGUUCUGGGGGCUUUCAUUCUGUUUGCGAUAGUGGGCAACAUACUCGUGAUACUGUCCGUGGUGUGCAACAGACAUCUACGCAUCCCAACAAACUAUUUCAUUAUCAACCUAGCUAUUGCGGACCUGUUGCUAGGGACCACGGUGUUGCCAGUGUCCGCUACACUGGAGAUUCUAGACUACUGGGUAUUCGGGAGGAUAUUCUGUGACAUAUGGGCAGCGGUGGACGUGUUGUGUUGCACUGCUUCCAUUAUGAGCCUGUGCGUAAUUUCCAUAGACCGCUAUAUAGGGGUUCGCUACCCACUGCAGUAUCGCUGUAUUGUUACGGAGAAAAGAGCCCUUCUGGCCAUGCUCGGUGUGUGGGUUCUCGCCACUGUCAUCUCCAUUGGACCUCUGCUCGGAUGGAAACAACCGCCAUUAAAUGACGAGACCAUUUGUCCCAUCACCGAAGAGCCCUUUUACGCGCUCUUCUCGUCCCUGGGUUCAUUUUACAUACCCCUGGCUGUCAUCCUGUGCAUGUACUGCCAGGUGUAUGUAGUGGCCAAAAGGACCACUAAAAACCUGGAGGCGGGCGUCAUGAGAGAGAGCAUGGACUCAAGUGAGCUCACGCUCAGGAUCCACUGCAAAAACGCACAGCUGCAGGAAUGCUGCGACUCGGGCAAAGGCCAUCCGCGGAGCACUCUGACCGUGAAACUGCUCAAGUUCUCCCGAGAGAAGAAAGCUGCUAAAACUCUUGGUGUUGUGGUGGGCAUGUUUAUUCUCUGCUGGCUGCCGUUCUUCCUCGUGCUGCCCAUUGGGUCAUUCAACAACAACCUGCGUCCACCAGAGACAUUCUUCAAGGUGAUCUUCUGGCUGGGCUACUUCAACAGCUGCCUGAACCCCAUCAUCUACCCCUGCUACAGCCGGGAAUUCAAGCAGGCCUUCAUCAGCAUCCUCAGGUGCCGCUGCCACCGGCAGAAACAGAAGGGCUGGAGGGCCUACUACAACUACCGCUCCUCCAAUCUGGGCUCGACCAGUAACUCCUGCAUGAACGGGAGUCUGCAGACCCUGUCCUCCAUCAACCCCAGCCCCCGCUGGGCCUGCAGAGUGGCCGGCUCCCGCCUGGAGCCCGGGUGCAACCGAAGCUCCCUGUCCCCGUGCCCGUCUGUGCCCGGGAGUCCCUUCACGGGACUGACGAGGGCCCUGCCUGGGGAUGUCGGCCAGAGCGCCGGCAGAAGCGACGCUGUCAAUCCGGUCUCCCCCCUGGCCAGGGAAUCAGUGCAUACCAAUGGACAGGGUGGAGUGGCGGGGGCACGGCGCGGUCAGAGCAGCGCCGGAGACAGUGAUGUAACUGACGCCGUUGUGGAUCACCAGUCUUAAAGCGACCUGAUAGUUCGAGACUAACAAAUUGCUAUGUUUAGAGAUGAGGCCAAAGGCCUCAGACCCUUUUGAAUGUCUAAAUGAAAUAUGGUCAGUAAACCAACCACUGCAGCGGCGUGGACGUUUAUGGGUCACACCAAAAAGGUUAAUGAGUCCCUACUGAUUACGUGUUACUGAGAGUCCGACUGCUUGUAGUUCCAUAUCCUUCAAAAAUUCCAUCCUGAGUAUUUAUUUUGGACAUUUUUGGGGGCAGAACGUUGUGGCCUCUGCAACCACGCAAAAUAAUGUGUGCAGCUCCAGCACCUAAUAACUACGCCCUUUAUAGGAUUCCAUGGAGGAGGGUCAGUGUUAGGCACCACCUUUGACCCCCUAUUGAGACCUGGCUUGCAUUGCUACACGUUCUCAACACGUACAAAAGAUGUGUCCUUACUAUUGUUUUUUGCGGGUGAAACAUUAUCAUAGCCGUCAUGUGUUUGUUUCCAGUCGUAUGUCCAGUGAUAACAUUUCUGUGCUGUUGAUGGCAGCUCGGUCGUCGCUAUUUAAAUCGUUGUGUUGAACUUCUGAUCAUUCAGGUAAAGUGGUGGCAUCGCCGCCAGUGUGCCUUUUUGUUUUUAUAGUUAUAUGCAGUACUACUCCAUAACCACUGUGUAGUAUAACAUUGAAAAGGCCUUUUUAUCCAUGGAAAGCAUGUACACGUGUUUCUAACUGACGUCUGCUGAACUUGUGAAUAACGUUGCAUUUAUUUGUUUCUAAUGUAGAUAGUGAUAGACGAGAUAGAAAAAGUGGGUCGUCGGGUCAAACUAUUUAGAGUGAUGAUGUAGUAAGAACGUAAUUAUGACUGCAUUUGAAUGUACCUUGAAUUACAUUUUAAUCAAAGACGCCCAGUGUCUGUACAGAUGGAUCUAUGUCAAAGGAUUUUGUAAACUUGAACGCCUCAUGUUUGACAAAUGACUGAUAACAAUAGUUGAUGUUACCUCUUAUGUAGUCACAUUAAAAUGCAUCAACCUUAAUUUGGACAAAGCGAUUCGUUAGAAUGUUUUCUAUCCCACUAAGUUGAGUACUGCCAGCUGGGCAAGGCGAAUGGGAAGGCGCCGUCUGAAACGCACAACAUAAUACAUUGCUCCUCCAAAACCCCAUCAUUAGUGCUCACAGUACGUUCUGUUCAGCUGACACAAGACAGCACCAGUGUGAUUUAUGUUUGAAGAAAUGGAUUUGUUGUACGUUAUGUUCUGUUGUAAAUGGUUUCGAGGGCAGAGGCUAAAUA